AUGAAGCUCAACAUCGCCAUCGUUGCUCUAGCUCUUUCGAGCACUGCCCUCACUUUUGCUGCUCCUUUGCCCACGCCUAUGCCACAGGGUUGGGGUUUUUUGAGGAAAGCCGUUGGCAAGAUCUCAGGCAAGAGUAGUUCAGCGGCCCAGGAGCUUUCUAUCUACGCCGACGAUUACGUCCCCCAGUACGAGAGGUAUAGCGACGCAACGCACCCCUACAUCCCGAAGGAGCACUCUUCUCAGGCCAGCCCUGUUCACAGGUCACACGGCAGUGGUGAUAGCAGCAGGCCUGCUGAACGCGACCCUCGCCACGGCGGAGACGAGUCUGAUUACUUGACCUCUCCCGAGGCCAGCCCUGUUCACAGGUCACACGGCAGUGGUGAUAGCAGCAGGCCUGCUGAACGCGACCCUCGCCACGGCGGAGACGAGUCUGGUCACUAUCCUCAGACUCAAUACACCCCUCACACCCUUCAACACGCCUCUUAUGGCCAAGAUCCUCAGCCUCAAUACACCCCUUACACCCCUCGAUUCACCCCUUCUGGCCACUAUCCUCAGCUUCAAUACACCCCUCAACACGCCUCUUAUGGCCACUAUCCUCAGCCUCAAUACGCUCCUAACUUUGCUUCAAACGCUCCUUAUGGCCACGAUCCUCAGCCUCAACCCAGUUACGUCUCUCAUGGGCACGUUUGGCCGGAAGGUCCGCCUGGUGGGUUCUAUUCUUAUUACAGCUCUCACGAUGCUCAUCGUUUUCCCGUCGGUGGAUACCUUAGUGCGCCUCCUCCAAACCAGGACAGAGUUGGCUGGUUCUUUUGA